GAGGCCAGAGGGACCACAGCCAGGAUGACAAUCCUGCGCGGAUUGAUCCUUUCACCCCUCAUGCUCUCAGCAUGACACAAACAAGAGGCUGACAGGAAACCUGGCCUUCUGAAGAGCUGGUCCCACGUGCCAGGAAGAUGGAGCCAAGCCUGCUGAUGUGGGGAAUCCUCACAUUCAUCGCGGCGCCCAGCCACAUGACAGAAUUGUGUGAUGACAACCCUCCAGAUAUCAAACAUGCCACUUUCAGAGCCCUCGCAUACAAGACGGGCACCAUGUUAAACUGUGAAUGCAAGAGGGGCUUUCGCCGGAUAAGCAACGGGUCAGCCUUUGUGCUGUGCGCAGGGAACUCGAGCCACUCUGCCUGGGAAAACAAGUGCCAGUGCAUAAGUACCUCCCCAAGGACCACAGAUAGACAAGUUACUCCUAAACCUGAAGAACAGAAGGGAAAAAACCCCACAGAGUUGCAGAGCCAAAUGCAGCCCAUGGACCAAGUUAACCUUCCAGGUCACUGCAGCGAGCCCCCACCCUGGGAACAUGAACACUCGAGGAGAAUUUACCAUUUUGUGGUGGGGCAGACAGUUCGCUACCAGUGCGCACAGGGAUUCAGGGCCGUGCGGAGGGGGCCUGCCGAGAGCAUCUGCAAAAUCACCUGUGGGAGGACAAAGUGGACGCGGCCCCAGCUCAAGUGCAUAAGCGAAAGGAAGGACAGCCGGUUUCCAGAUGACGAAGAGCCUCAAGCCAGCACUGAUGCUCCCCCUGGGAGUGACACUUCCUGUCCUUCAAUGACAACAAGUACUACAGAUUUCCAGAAACAUACGGAAGUAGCUACAACCACGGAGUCCUUCGCAUUCACUAUCGAGUAUCAGAUAGCAGUGGCCGGCUGCAUCCUCCUGCUGAUCAGUGUCCUCCUUCUGAGCCUGCUCACCUGGCAGCGGAGAUGGAGGAAGAGUAGAAGAACAAUCUAGAAUGCCAGGAGUGGGAAGAAGCCAAGAACAGCUCACAGAAGUCGUGGAGCACAAGCAAAAUCCAAGUCGAACACACCCAGGUCGCGUCUCCCGUGAGAGCUCUUGGGUUUCGGAAAGCUCGGAAGUCACGUGCCAGAGCCCCAGGCACCUCAUUACCAAAGCCAGCACUCUAGUGUCAAUGACUGAACGCGACCUGCUUCUGAGCAGCAACUCCAAGGCCACGGAGGA